CUGACAAUGGAAGAAGAUGUUCCGAACUACCACAAAGAAGAGGAAAACAAGUCGGGAGCCCACAGGAAACAGAAAAGACCCAAGAGAAUAUCACCAGUUUUGUCUGAUUCAGCUGCAAGUGAAGAUCUCACUGCACCUCCCGUGUACAAUCUCAGAGAUCGUAUUGCAACACAUUACACUUAUGAAGACGAAUAUCAUGACACGGAGGACUUGGAUGAUCCCAAAGCUCAAAAUAAUCUUCUAGUUAAGAAAAGCAGUAAACGCACAAAGACCUCUGAAUAUACAGUUCGGCCUAAAUCUAAAACAAGUCGGAAACAUUAUUCUUGUAAUGAUUGUGGGAAAACCUUUAUUGAUAGCUUUCGGCUGACCAUCCACCAGAGAAGUCAUACAGGGGAGAGACCUUAUGUAUGUUCUGAUUGUGGAAAGAGUUUCUCUCAGAGCUCAAAUCUCAUAACUCACAGGAGAACCCACUCUGGUCUGCGUCCUUACAUCUGUGAUGUUUGCGGGAAAGGUUUUAUUCAAAAGACCCACUUAGUCUUGCACCAGAGAAGUCACACUGGAGAGAAACCAUACGGCUGUACCGUGUGUGGCAAAUCUUUUGCCCAUAGCUCACGGCUGGUGAUCCACAAGAGGAUCCAUACUGGAGAGAAACCAUAUGUCUGUGGAGAAUGCGGAAAAGGCUUUAAAAGCAAAACACAACUGGUAAGCCACCAGGUUCUUCAUACGGAGGACAUGUGGUACAUUUGUACAGACUGUGGAAAGAGCUUCAGCAACCAUCUGACCUUUGCCAGACACCAGAAAAAUCACACCAUUAAACGACCACACUCCUGUAGUGAGUGUGGUAAAAGCUUCACUCACAUCUCACUCCUUGUCAUGCAUCAGAGAACGCAUACCGGAGAACGGCCAUAUGUCUGCACAGAAUGUGGUAGCACUUACACCCGUAAUUCACAUCUUGUGGCACAUCAGAGAACCCAUGCAACAGUGUUGCAUGUUUGCAUGGCUUGUGGAAAGGGUUUCACAGACACAUCAAGCUUGGUGGCACAUCAAAGAACCCAUACGUGAGUCUUUUACCCUCGAAGAUGUUCAUCUGCAGAAACUGUAAUGGAAGCAAAAAGUUAUGCUGAAACCAAGACUAAUUAAAGUUGGGUCCUGUAAGCUUAACACAUUAUUUCAUUCUUUAUGAGAAUAUCUUUUAGAGAGAAAACAAUAAGAAUGUUUCUUGUGGAUCUAGUAGAAAACAGAUCACAUUCUACAGCUAUUUGCAAUUUUCUACCACUGAAAUGAAGGCUUUACAAUUAAUAUAUAGCAUACAGACUUGGAAUGCAUUUAAUUAAUAUUUUGGGGUUUUAACUGGAUAGCCUAGGUGACUUAUCAAAUCUUUAACAAGGGACAGUCAGCAAUUUGACAUCCAUGUGCACACAGUUGGUAGAUUUUGUUUCUGAUAGCCUCUUCAUUCCGUGAGAUGGUGAUGGUGUGCUUACACCAUAUCUGAUUAAAAGACCACUUCUCACCGUGAUUGCCAUCUCCUAACUUUCUUCAGAAAAUAUAUUUUUGGUGUUACAUCGAAAACUGAAUGUUUAGCAAUUCUCCCGAACAACUACUCCUUUUUUAAAGUGGCAAGCUUUGAGUUGUCUGUUUGGGUGAAUUUCAUCCCUACUAAAUUGUAUUUUAAUAAUAAUAAUAAAAAAAAGUUA